AUGGAAGAUUUACAAAAUCUAGAAUAUCUCUCGCUUGUAUCAAAAAUUUGUACGGAACUGGACAAUCAUUUGGGUAUUAAUGAUAAAGACUUGGCUGAAUUUAUAAUACAUAUGGCUCAAGCAAGUGAUUCAUAUGACGUAUUUCAAAAGAAAUUAGCAGAAAAUGAUGCUGAUUUUCCUGAUUCAUUUAGUAGUAAUCUUUAUCGAAUAGUUCAAAAAAUGUUACCAACACCAUUGAAAAAAACAACUUCUGAAAAUCAUAAUGAAACAAAAAGUGAUCAAUCUCGACAAUUAACUGAUCUUUCAUUACGUAGAGUAAUGUGUCCAUUCUUAAGUAAACCCAAUGAUCCAUCAGUAAGAACAAUGCUUAAUGAAGAAAUGAAAGAAAAUUCUACAAAUGAAAAAGAUAAACAAGUUGUUGAUGAUCUUAUGGAUGAAUUAGCAAAUCUUGGAGCUAAAGCUAAAGGUGAUCAACCAAUAAAACAUGAUGAAGAUGAACAUAAGAAAAAGAAAAAACAACAUCGUCAUCAUUCACCUGAUUCAAAAAAUGACCGAAAAAAAUCUAGUCACAGAGAUCGUAAACGUCAUCGUCAUUCUUCAACUGGCUCUCGUAGUAGUAGUCGAAGUAGUAGUGUUAGUGAUCCUUCACCUUCACCAAAACAUCAUCGUUCAUCAAAAAAAUCUCGACAUCAUGAUCGUAAUGAAUCUCCACCGCAACAAAAACGAUCAUUAUCUAUUCCAGAUAAACCAAUGCCUGGUUCAAUUUAUGAUGGUACAGUUAUUUCAAUAAUGCAAUGGGGAUGUUUUGUACGACUUGAUCAAUUUCGUAAUCGAACAGAAGGACUUGUACAUAUAUCAAGUAUUCAUAAAGAUCGAAUAAAUCAUGUUUCUGAUAUUGUAAAACGUCAUCAAAAAGUUAAAGUUAAAGUUCUUUCAUGUACAGAUGCUAAAAUGAGUUUAUCAAUGAAAGAUGUUGAUCAAAAAACAGGUGAAGAUUUAAAUGAAGAUUUAACAAGAAAAUUACGUGGUGAAAUAAAUAAUGAAAUUGGUCGUAAUCCAGAUGGUCCUAUUGAUUAUUUAUCAUCAAAUCGUUUAAAUUCACGUGAUUCAACAAUGAUUCCAUCUAUAGAAAUAAAUUCAAAAGAUAAUAAAGGUAAAAGUUCCCGACAAAUAUCUGAUUAUGAUCAAUGGGAACUUAAUCAAAUGAGAAAUGCUAAAUGCAUAGGUGUAACACAAUUACCAAAUUAUGAUGAAGAAACAGGUGUAUUACCAAAAGAAGAUGAUUCUGAUGGUGAAGAUUUAGAAGUUGAAUUAGUUGAUGAAGAAGCACCAUUUCUUAAAGGUUAUGGUAAACAAAGUAUACAAGAUUUAAGUCCAGUUAAAAUUGUUAAAAAUCCGGAUGGUUCAUUACAACAAGCAGCUAUGAUGCAAAAUGCUUUAUCAAAAGAACGUCGUGAAAUAAAACAACAACAACGUGAACAACAACAACGUAGUGAAACAUUUCGUCCUAAUGGAACAAAUUAUGAUGAUCCAAUAACAUCGGAUACUACAACAUCACCUGCAUUAACACCAGCAGAAAUCAAUGCUAAAGCAUCAGCUAAUAUGUCAGAAUGGAAAAAAUCUUUAAUGAAUAAUAAAACAACAUUUGGUAAACGAACAACAAUGAGUAUAAUUGAACAACGACAAAGUUUACCAAUAUAUAAAUUAAAAGAACAAUUACUUAAAGCUGUUAAUGAUAAUCAAAUACUUGUUGUUAUUGGCGAAACAGGUUCAGGUAAAACAACACAAAUAACACAAUAUUUAGCUGAAGCUGGUUAUACAUCACGUGGUCGUAUAGCAUGUACACAACCACGUCGUGUUGCUGCUAUGUCUGUUGCAAAACGUGUUGCUGAAGAAUUUGGUUGUCGUCUUGGACAAGAAGUUGGUUAUACAAUUCGAUUUGAAGAUUGUACAUCACCUGAAACGAAAAUUAAAUAUAUGACUGAUGGCAUGUUAUUACGUGAAUGUUUAAUUGAUCCAGAUAUGAAUCAAUAUUCUGUAGUUAUGUUAGAUGAAGCGCAUGAACGUACUAUUCAUACUGAUGUACUUUUUGGUUUAAUGAAACAAGCUGUUAAAAAACGUUCUGAACUAAAACUAAUUGUUACAUCAGCUACACUUGAUUCGGUCAAAUUUUCUGAAUAUUUCUUCAAAGCACCAAUUUUUACUAUUCCCGGUCGAACAUUUCCUGUUGAAGUACUUUAUACAAAAGAACCUGAAACUGAUUAUCUUGAUGCAUCACUUAUUACUGUUAUGCAAAUUCAUUUAACUGAACCACCUGGCGAUAUUUUGGUAUUUUUAACGGGUCAAGAAGAAAUUGAUACCGCAUGUGAAAUUUUAUUUGAACGAAUGAAAACAUUAGGUCCGGAAGUUCCAGAAUUAAUUAUUUUACCAGUCUAUUCAGCAUUACCUAGUGAAAUGCAAACAAAAAUUUUUGAUCCAGCACCACCUGGUUCACGAAAAGUUGUUAUUGCAACAAAUAUUGCUGAAACAUCAUUAACAAUUGAUGGCAUUUAUUAUGUUGUUGAUCCAGGAUUUGUUAAACAAAAAGUAUUCAAUCCAAAAUCAGGCAUGGACAGUCUUGUUGUAACACCAAUUAGCCAAGCUCAAGGAAAACAACGUAUGGGUCGUGCAGGUCGAACAGGUCCAGGAAAAGCUUAUCGUUUAUAUACGGAACGAGCAUAUCGUGAUGAAAUGCUUUCAACUAAUGUACCUGAAAUUCAACGAACAAAUUUAGCUAGUACAGUUUUAAGUUUAAAAGCUAUGGGUAUCAAUGAUUUAUUAUCAUUUGAUUUUAUGGAUCCACCACCAUUAGAAACAAUGAUUAUGGCUAUGGAACAAUUACAUGCAUUAAGUGCAUUAGAUGAUGAAGGUCUUUUAACUAAACUAGGUCGUCGUAUGGCAGAAUUUCCAUUGGAACCUCAAUUAUCAAAAAUGUUAAUUAUGUCUGUUGAAUUACGUUGUGCUGAAGAAGCAUUAACUAUUGUUUCAAUGCUUUCUGUUCAAAAUGUUUUCUAUCGUCCUAAAGAAAAAGCAGAACAAGCUGAUCAACGUAAAGCUCGUUUUCAUCAAGCUGAAGGUGAUCAUUUAACAUUACUUGCUGUUUAUAAUGCUUGGAAACAAAAUAAAUUUUCAAAUUUAUGGUGUUAUGAAAAUUUUGUACAACAACGUUCACUUAAACGUUCACAAGAUAUUCGAAAACAAAUGUUAGGAAUUAUGGAUCGACAUAAACUUGAUGUUCUAACAUGUGGAAGACAAACUGGACUUGUUCAAAAAGCUAUAUGUUCUGGUUUCUUUCGUAAUGCAGCUAAACGUGAUCCACAAGAAGGUUAUCGAACAUUAGUCGAUAGUCAAGUUGUUUAUAUUCAUCCAUCAAGUUCAAUUUAUCAUCGACAACCAGAAUGGCUUUGUUAUCAUGAACUUGUAUUUACAACAAAAGAAUAUAUGCGUGAAGUUUGUGUUAUUGAUCCAAAAUGGCUUGUUGAAUAUGCACCGAAAUUUUUUAAAUUUGGAGAUUCAACAAGAUUAUCAAAGAUGAAAAAAGAACAACGUGUCGAACCAUUAUUCAACAAAUACGAAGAACCAAAUUCAUGGCGUAUAUCACGUCUUCGUCGACCUUAUUACAAUCCGGCUGGAAAAUUCGGUUAA